CUCUUUGUUAAAACUAUAUUACAUAUAUCGAAUUUAGCUAGUUUCAUUAUAAGAAGUGAAAAUACAUAAAUUACGUAUGUUCAACUUGUCCGGAAAAAAAGAUGCAAGCAUAUUCUUCUAGGGGACUCUGAUAUAACCUUAAUAACCACAUGGACUUAGGUCUGAUACCUUGAGAUAGAAUAGAGUCUGGAGCCUAAAGAGCAGCUUUUUUCGUCAAAAUUCUCAAGGGUAACUAAAAAUCAAAAGAAACCAAAAUGGAAAAGGCGUGGCCGUUAAGCUGGCUCCACCCCUGCUGUUGUGGUGACAAAAUUGACAUUAACACUAAUUAACUAACAUUAUUGAAAAUUUAAGAUAUAGGAGAAAUCCGAUAAAUUCGAGGCAACUGAUGCCUUUUCUCCUUCAGCAAGAAUAAAUCAUUAGUUGCUCCAUCCACCUCCCCCCAAUGUUUAUAGGGUGCAUAUCAGAGUCAGGAUUGUGCACGCACGAACUAGCCGAAGAGGUUUAACAUCUACCAUAUAUACAUAAAAAAUAAUUUUAAUCAUGUAUAAAUUGUGUAAUUUUCCAUGGAAGGAGGUUCGGAACUCCCUCAUUGUAUUGUAUGCUAGCUCCGCCCUGAGCAUGUAUCUGUAUUUUAUCUAUCUAUAAACUUUUAAUUGAGGAUGAAAUGAUUAAUUUGAUAAAUUGAAAUGAUUUUGGACCGAAAAUUUUUGAAUCUCUGUUAUUCUUUUGCAGAUUCCUUAGUGAAGUUCAUCAAAAGGUUUUAAAAGAAAGAGAGCAAGUUGGAGUAAAGGAUCCCAAUAUAAGUUAGUAUUAGAAGCACAAGAAAAGGAUAAGAUUCAAGAAAGGAACACUUGACAUAAGAGGAAGAUUGUUGAAGAAAACAUUGCUAGGCAGGAAGGAUGUCUAUAAAUGAUAUCAAGGCUGCGUGGAUUGCCUAUAAUGUGCAGUCUUUUUGCAUUCUAAGCCUCUUAUUCCAAGUUCUAUUGCUUCUUUUGGCACCAUUCAGGAAGAAAACAGGCAGUAAAAUCCUGAUGGUGCUUGUUUGGUCAGCAUACAUGGCUGCUGAUUGGGCCCCUGCCUUCAUUCUCAAUCUCAUCAUAAAUUACAGCAAAACAAGGCAUGACAAGGCAGAACUUAUGUCAUUUUGGGCUUCUUGCAUGUUGUUGCACUUAGGAGGCUCUGAUCACGCGAUAGCAUUUUCACUGGAGGACAACGACCUAUGGUUUAGGUAUGCCUUCACGUUCAUUUUCAUGUUCUUGUCCUCUGCCUAUGUAUUCUACUUAUCGUUCUCCCAAGUAAAUUUUCUUUGGAUUCCAAACGUCCUCGUGUUUCUGGCUGGGGUCAUCAAAUGUUACGAGAGGGCACGUGCUAGGUUCAUAGGGAGUAUGGAUAAGUCCAUAACAUUGAGUAAUCCUAGGUAUGAUGAUGUUGUGAAGAGGAAGUCGUUAGAAGAGCCACAUAAUUUCCGAGCAGGAGAGCCAGAUGAUGUGGAGGUCAUUAAACUUGCAUAUGCAAUAUUUAGGGCCUAUAAAGGUGUUCUGGUGAAGCAUAAGUUCACUUUCGAGGAGUAUGGUAUAAUUCAACGACUCUUGCAGAAUAGAACUGAUCUGUUUGCUUUUAGAAUUGCUCAAGCUGAGCUUGAGAUUCUGCAUGAUGUUUUAUACACAAAGGCCCAAAUUUUCCAUGAAAAUUUCGGUAACAAAGCCAGAUCUGUCUAUUGGGUUCUACUUGCUGCAGCUUUGGCCUCUUUCUCUUUAUUGAUGCGGAACAACAAACAAUUUGAUCCUUUUGACUUGGGAGUCACAUACAGCUUACUUAUUGGAGGUAUGUGUUUGGAUGUCAUUGGUUUUGUUGUCAUACUUUAUUCCUCGACUUUCACUAUUGCCACAAUGUCAAGGGCAACGUCGUGGCCCAUCACUUGGGUUGUCAAAUUCCUCAAAUCUUUAAAUUGGCCUUGGCCACGUGCUCUAUGGUGCUGGAGACCAUCUCUCCAACAAUUCAACCUCAUAAGCUAUGGUUUAAAUCGACCUCCAAAAGCAUGGGAAUGGAUAAUUGAUUCACUAUAUCUUACCAAUUAUUUGGAUGAGAUGACAUAUGUGAAAAACAAGCGUCUUUCUCCUGUAUUGGAAGCUGAAAUUCUAAGACAAGUAGAAAUGCGUUUAAAUAGACAUGACUGGGAUUGCGACUCGUAUGCUUCCAUUUUCGAUAAAUGCACCAACAAAUUUCCUGUGUCGAAGGAGCUUGACAAGAACGAGUUCCUCAUAGUUUGGCACAUUGUGACAGAGAUUUUUUAUAAUGUUGUUGAUGGACCUGAGGCAAAUAUUGGAUAUGAUUCGACAGAGUUGAACAAGUUUAGACAAUGUUCAAAGUCUCUGUCAGACUACAUGUUUUAUAUUCUUAUUUUUCGCCCUUUCUUCAUGCCAGUUCCUAAUAAGAAAAGGAUAGAAGAAACCAACUACCAAGUAAAGGAAUUGCUUCACGGAAAGAAAAAAUUAGGCCAACGAGAAGCUUGCCAAGAGAUCAUGACAGAAGCUGCUGAGCGGAGAAUUCCUGAAGAGUCGUUCUUGUAUGAAGCUUUUAAAGUUGUCAACUGCUUGCAAAGUGAACCUCCUUGGUGCCAAGACAGAGUUAAAUGUUGGGAGACUAUUCAUAAAACUUGGAUCGCGAUAUUAUUUGAUGCUGCUAAAUGCUCUGAACCGCGUGCGCAUGCACAAUAUCUUGUGAGGGGUGGUGAAAUUCUAUCCUUAAUCUGGUUGUUGGGUGCAAACUGUGGAUCCAUGGCUCAGUUUCAAUUUUUUGAAGAUUCUGAUGAGGAAAACCAAACUAGUCAUAUGGCUAGGUUCGAUUCAAUGUACUAAAGUUUAGGAAGGCUAUCUUUUGUAAUAUUUCUGUUCCUGUUGUGAAUAAAUUAAUCAAACCUUAGGAUGUUCACCGAGUACUUUUACAUAUUACUUAUACUGUUGAAAUCUUCCUCAUGAGAUGUUAAUUGAUGUUGGCUUAAUGACAUGGCUGCUGAUGUGUCUUUUGUUUCCAG